AUGGAGGGCGACGUGGUAGCUCAGUUCCAGGAAGUUACAGGCUCUACCGAAGAGCUUGCAAAUCAAUAUUUAGAUAUUGCAGAUUUCGAUAUCCAACAGGCUAUGCAACUCUACUUUGAGAAUGGCGGGGCACCUUUAGGACCGACACAACAACCCGCAUCUGCCGCAGCCUCUCGUCCCAGCAAUGCCAUCAACAUAGAUUCAGAGGAUGAUGACCUCACGAUAGAUGAAUCUCGAUCAUCAGCUCCGACGCGCCAGCCUGCCGAAUCCACCUUUGAAGACGAUGCCGCCAUGGCUCGCCGAUUACAAGAAGAGCUGUAUGCUGGCGGCGAUUCUGGAGACAACGUGCGAGCACCUAUUGCAAGAACGACAGAGACUCUUGUUGGUCCUGGGGCAGAUGGCUACGGAGAUUAUGAUCCCUUAAGCCAUUUUAGAAUGCGACAAGGCGGUAGAAACACUCGCCCAGGUAUAUUUAACCAACGCGACACGUCUAUUUGGGACGAAAGCUCUGAAAAUGGAGCUCCAUCACAACGAAGCGCUCUAGCUCGCGCCACUGGAGGUGCUUCAGAGACGUCAUCCAAAUCAACCUUGCUAGCUGAGAUGUACCGACCGCCGUUCGAAUUGAUGUCUAGACUGCCCUGGGAUGCAGCUCGUGAGGAAGGGCGAGAGAACGAAAAGUGGCUACUCAUCAACAUUCAGGACCCGUCCAUAUUCGACUGUCAAGUGCUGAACCGUGACCUUUGGAAAGACCCAGGUGUGAGGGAUACAGUCAAGGAGAAUUUCAUCUUCUUGCAAUACAACAAGGACGAUGAGCGGGGUUUGCCUUACUUACAAUACUACUUUCAAGGGAGUGAUGUGUCGGACAAUUACCCGCACAUUGCUAUUGUCGAUCCUCGAACCGGAGAACAAGUUAAAGUGUGGUCCGGGGCACCAGUCAUCAAAGCUCCAGAUUUUCUCAUGCAACUCCACGAGUUUCUAGAUCGGUACAGUCUCAAACAAAACGCCCGCAAUCCAGUUGCCAAACGGAAACCCGAUGUUCCUAGAGAGAAGAAGUUGGAGUCGAUGACUGAAGAAGAAAUGUUGGAGAUGGCGCUCAAGAAUAGUCUGGAAGGAAAUGCUGCUGCUGAGAAGUUAGCCGACCCGGAUGAGCUAACCCGAAGCACCGGUGACCUCAAGGGCAAAGGAAGAGCAGAUGAAGACAUUUCUAUGGCUGAAGAAGAAGAAGAAGAAGAAGAAGAAGCGGCGGCCGAACCAGAGGAUCCUAAUGUUUCUGUUUUUCGAUCUAUUCCUUCUGAUCGGGUUCAUACGGAGCCACCGGCUGAUCCAACAACUACGACUCGUAUUCAGUUCAGGCAUCCUUCCGGUAGGGUCAUUCGUCGGUUUUCGCUGUCAGACCCUGUACGGCGGAUUUACGAAUGGCUCAAGUCAGAACCACCUCUCGAAGAGAAAGCAGGGGUUGUAUUUGAGCUCAAUGCCAUGGGCAAGAACCUGAUCGACGAGCUUGAUACGACCGUCCAGGAUGCUGGCCUUAAGAAUGGUACCGUGAUGAUAGGAUAUUUGGAAGACUGA